CCGCGUAGAGCUUUCGGUUUUUUGGACUCCUGUCGAGGCGGGGUGACGUCAUGCAGCAGUCCAGCAGAGGCUCCACUUUUCCCCCCUCACUCAAAUUGUAACCACCAGCAUCAGAAGAUCAGAAGCGGUGGGGCACACAACAGAGGACACUUUCUAAAAGAUUUAUAUUGUUUUGUUUAUUUGCAGCGGGGACCGCCAAUUAAACGAUCUUCUUUUAGCAUCCAGAUCUCACAAAAGGAAUAAUUUGGUCACAGAAGAAACCGCUUUGAUUUUUAGUGCAUUUUUAACCAACCCCUGUUUGCAUGCUGGUGUUCAGUAAGCAAUAUACAUGAGCGUGCCAUUUUACAACACCUCGCCUGUUUAGGCUGGAGAAGCCUCUUUUUUUACAUCUAUUUUUUUAAUGACACAUUCUCUACUGCUCAGCUACAUUUGCUAGCGUGUGUCGGGGGGCGCAAGAAACAACAGACCACGGCGGACAAUCGUGGGGUUUGGAUGAGGUGUUUGAAUCCAGCCUUACGUGAACAAUUGUUGAGAUUUCCAUAGGCAAUGCCAUCUUGCAAUGCAAACAUGCUGGCUGUUGGAUUGCUCUACCUGGGAUUAGUUCUUGCACUGGAGGUUGUGGAUCCCACCAGAGCCAUUGAAGCCCCGAAGACGUGCAGUCCAAAGCAGUUUGUAUGCAAAGACCAGGUAACCUGCAUCUCCAAAGGGUGGCGCUGUGAUGGGGAGAAAGACUGUCCAGACGGCUCUGAUGAAUCUCCUGAUAUAUGUGAGUGCUGGGGUUUAUCUGACACACGGAUGCGAUGCGAUACCUUGUCAAGGCAGAACUGAAAUAUUUUGACUGUCUUGUUUUGCAACGUUAUAAACUGA